AUAAAAUCUAUUUACAAUUUAAACAAAAAAAUAUAAAAACAAUUAAAACAACAGUAAUUACAGCUUUACUGAAUUAAAUUCCAGCAAAUACUCAAAAAAUCAUAAAAAGAUAUAAUAAAAAUCGGCAAAAAUUAAAAAAGUACAAAUAAUUUGGAAAUACAUACAAAUAACAACACAAAGUAUACAAAAGAACUCGCAACACUACAUACAUUUAACAAUUAGCAGCCACUAAGAAAAGGAACUAACUAAUUACCCUCAACACAAAGCGAAUCCUUUGAUUAGAGACAGAAGGGAAUGAAGCCAAUGCAAUGCCUGCGACAUAAUUGACAAUUUGGAAACCGUAUUAAUGCAGCUAAUUACACCAAAAAUCUAACCGCAAUUAAAAGACAGCAACAACAACAAUAAAAGUGAAAGAGAAAGUGACCCGAGCACAACUCAACACUUCAUCACACUUGCGUAAGCCACAGACCACACUAAAUUUGUUGCUCCUUCGCAUAAGUACGUUUGCCGGUGGAAUUCCGUAGUUUGCAUUACACUCAUACGUACGUGCGUACACAAACAAUAAUAGCUUCCAAUUAUGCUGCCGUGGUGGUGUUAUUUGUUAAUUACUCUGCUGAUGCUUUAUGCCUUCUUCGAGCUUCAUUACUUCCUGCGUAUGUGCCUUUGUGGAAUUUUAGCACGUUUCGUUAAGGGCAAAUGCCACAUUUUGGAAACGACCACUGUGGGCGGCAUUUGUCUCACAAACGAUAUCGAUUGGUUGCUAUAUCACAUGAACAACGCGCGUUAUUUACGUGAACUGGACUUUGCGAGAGCUGAUUUUUACGAGCGCACAGAUUUAUAUCGCACCAUUAAAGCUAAAGGCGGCUCAGUUGUACAAGGUGCAGCCACUAUACGAUAUCGGCGUUUUAUAAGACCUUAUCAUCGUUUCCAAAUACAAUCUCGGAUCAUCUAUUGGGACGAUCAAUCCGUUUAUAUGGAACAUCGCUUCUUACGACCCUCCGAUCAAUUCAUUCACGCCAUCGCUAUUUGCCGACAACGCAUUGUCGAUUGCUCAGGGGAGGAGGUGAUGAACGAAUUGUUAGCACCUAAAAGUAUGCAAUUACAAGCAUAUCACAAUGCAGCUAGCUCCACGGUAAGUCUGGAUAACAGUGGAGUGCCGACAUCGCCAACAACCAACUGCGAUGUGGCGGAGAACGGACAGGCGCACGUGAGAUUGAAACCCGAUAUGCCUCCGGAGAUACAGAAAUGGAUUGAGUACAAUGAUAUUUCCAGCAAGAAUCUGCGCUCAGGGUGCUGAUAGUUUUGUAGCGUACUUAAAAACACACGAAAGGUGUUGAAACUACUACUUAUGGUUAUGAGUGUCUAAAUAUUCGAAUGCAUACGUUUGAAAAUAUUGUAAAUAUGUAUGCCUAAAUGUAAAUAUGUGGUAGUCACAAUUGCUGAAUCUCAAGUGGUUAUAACUAAAAGCGUAAUAGAGAGAAUUUAUUUACUUUUUGACCUGUUUUUUAAACAACAAUCCUGUAAGAGAACUCUUUGAAAUAUUUAUUUUUAUUUAAUUACUAAUUUUGAUAUGCAAUGAAACCUUAAGGUUUGGGUUGAGGAAAUCAUGUAUGCCAAUGCAGCAGAUUAUCUGUCUAAAAUAUACUUUGUAUAAACGUGUGCAAAAAUGGAAAUUAUAG